AUGCACCUCUCGCCUCACACCGCACUGCACCUUGGCCACUGCACCGCACCCACAGCACCCACACUGCACUGCACUGCACUGCACCGCACCGCACCGCACCUUGCACCUCGCGCCGCACCUUGCACCUCGCGCCGCACCUUGCACCUCACCUCGUGCCUUGCACCUCACCUUGCGCCACAACUCAGGGUGCACCUUGCGCGGCGCCUCGCAUCGCACCCGCACCCCGCGCCCCGCGCCUUGCACCGCACCCCGCACCCCGCACCCCGCACCCCGCACCCCGCGCCCCGCGCCCCGCGCCCCUCACCCCUUGCACCUGCACCUGCACCUAUCACUUUGAUUGGCACCCCACUGGCCCCUACACCUAACAACUCAUCCAGGAGGAGCAGCCCUUCGCUCUCCGCCUCCCACUCAUCCGCGUCCUCCGGUCCCAGCCAUACCUGGUCUUCGCUCGUGUCUUGGAACGUGUUCUACACCGGCACCAUCGAGAAGUUCGACGAGAAUGUAUUCGAGAGCGCGGGCUUCCCGCCUUGGGGCGCGGGAGGGUCCACCAUCAAAGUUUCCGUCGACAAAUCGGACUCUACCGGCAUGUUUAUGGAAUACUACUUCGGCCUGUCCGUCCUAUCCUUGGAAAUCCAGGACGGGCAGAUGAUUAUUCCGGAGGGAGUUCAAGAUGUGGUAUUCACCAGAGUGGUGUCUGAGAAGCCCACAGAGGGCAAGCCGCCUAGCGACGAGACGAUCAGGAGCGGGUUAGUGGUUAUUGAUUUUGGGCUGCCUGCUGACGCGAAGUAUGAGUCGCCCAUGGAGAUCCUUGCCUAG